CUCCAACUUCCUUCUAUUCUUUCUCGCACCACCCUCUCCACCAUGGAUAUUUCGAAUCGCUCCACUACCACAUUUCAGCUGGAAGGAGCUGCCAUCGCCGAUCUUCUGGUUCUCGGAUUUGUCGGACUGUGGGGACCAGCGGUUAAGGGCGUACACCCGCUGGCAGGGGUUCAGAGACUAGUUAUUAUUACCCUUUGCGCAUCUACCAGUCUGCUGUCUUGGUAUUCACAUGCUGGAACCCAGUUCAACUCAACUCUGGCCAUUCUCUGCUCACUGACACUUGCUUUCCGGACAGCUAGCUUGAGGUUCUCCAGCGACAUUGCUGCCAUGGUGCAUGCCCUGUGGUCGCUCCGUCUAGUCCUAUUGUCCGACACUAGGGUUCCUGUAGUUCAUGUUGCAGGGGCUGUAAUCCAUUUCCUUGUGGCAUCGCUUCUCCUCAGUCCAGCCACAAGGAGUCAUAUAAGACGCCAUGUACGCGGUCUGCUAUUUUUGGAUACUAUCGCCUUUUUUCGCCUCUGCACCCAGCGUGAAAUUACGAUGGAGGAUAUUUGGGAUCCGAGAUAUUGCACACAGCAACUCGAGUUGGCCAAGCGUCUCAAAUUCGAUAUCACAAAGCGGUUUUUCGCUUUACGCGCUGUAUUGGAGCUAUUCUGGCAGCCAUUGCUGGUAACAACUGUUGCUAGUACACUCCUAUCCACGGUACCGCUGACAAAGAGCAUUGUUAUGUCACGAAUCAUCAAAGCCAUUGACUCCAAUGCAAGCACAGAUGACUGCCGUGUCUACAGCCUAUUCGCUCUCUGGAUGGCAUUGUCACUAUUUUCACUUGGUGAUGCAUAUUUGGCCGCAUUACAAAGGUUUUGCAAAACCAAUAUUUUUGCUACCCUCAAGUCGCAGACCUCCCUCGAGUAUCGACAGAUAGACCAUUUCAAGAUUGAUUGGACUAGUUCGAUGAGAUUAGUGGAUGGGAUCGAUCACUCAACGACCCUGUUAAGCAACAUGCUUGCGAACUCGCUUACAAUCAGCGUACUGGUUUCUACAAUCGGCUGGCGUACAAUCAUUCCGCUUCUUACCUCGCUGGUGUAUUUAGUAGUGUCACAUUCUCUAACAGCACAUCUCGAUAUGCUGGAAAAGGCGCAUAAGCGGAACAAACAGCCGCAUCUGGGCCACACGAUAUUCUCGCUGAUACACAACAUGCGUACCAUCAAGUUCUACGGCUGGGAAGAGGCAUUUAGGCAGGUAGCGGACGAUGAUCAAGUAGACAAAUUCGUGCCGCCUGCCCACCUACGGAUCGCAAGAUAUGUGACGUCUUUAGUUGGAAGCUCUCUCCCCCAGAUCUCAGCAGCAUUGACAGUCUCGUCGUUCUUACACACCUCGAACAAUAUCGAAUAUGCGGAUAUACUUUUGGUCAUGUCAUCUGCCGAGUCCCUGACUGGCCUUUUCUCGAUGCUCGCUUCGGCCACAGGGAUUAUAAAGAGUAUUUCUGAGACUUCCGAAGAACUAGAGAUGCUGCUACGUAAGGACGAUUACCACUUCCAGUGGAACACAGGGGAUUUUGCUCUGAAGAACAUGGAUCUCAGGAUUAACAAGGGCGAGUUCGCUGUGGUAGUCGGUCGUGUUGGCACGAUCUGCAGCGAGAUGCCGAUAACAGAUGGCACCGGUCUGGUCUCUGGCAAGAUCGGGUAUGUCAGCCAGAAGCCUUGGAUAAUGAACGCAACGGUUCGCGACAAUUUCUACCAUACGGACAUUAAGCUGUUCCCGGCCCAGGACCUAACUGAGAUAGGUUUUCGCGGGAUAAACCUGUCGGGUGGCCAGAAGGCGCGGCUGGCACUCGCUCGGGCAAUCUACUCUCGCGCCGAUAUCUUUGUUUUGGAUGACCUGCUGGCGGCAGUUGAUGCCCAUAAUGUGCUUGUCGGAGAACGCGGGAUCAUCAGUGGCAAGACGCGGAUUCUGGUGACUCAUGCCGAGCAUGUUGUACCCUUGGCUGACAGAGUUGUCACGCUUGUCUCUGGGUUCCCGGCGCAGCUGAAUGCGGGCGUGAUACCUUCUGCAAACAGCGGACAAACAGCAGUUUCAGACGACUCGUCUGCCGAGCGCGGUCUGUGGCAGUACAUCAUGUUUUGUGGGUUCUCUGCUGUUGGUCCCACAUUUAUUGUCUACCGAGUUGAGAGCAAUCGAGAAACGAUGGUAUCAUCUCUGCAAAACUACCUUGUCGCCAGUGCUGUGGUUGGUGUCGCACGGACACAGGUUCUGUGGUCACAUAGGGUCUACAGGAAGACGCGGGCCGGUGUCCUGGAUUCACUCCUCAGCAUGCCUUUGGUUCUAUUUGAAAGCCUACCGGGCGAAUCGCUCAUGUACUUGUGGGGAUAUGACCGUAAACUAACAGGGUACUACUUCCCUGAAACCAUAUGUCAGAAAAUGCUGGCAGCCAUGGAUCGAUUCCCUAUCCUGCUGUUCUUUGCUGCUCCUAUUGUCCUGGUUUCGUACAAGGUCAAACAAAUUUAUGACAACCAGGGGCUUGCUUCUCCAUAUACACUCUACUCGGAGAUUAAUACGGGCGGAUAUGUCAUGAGGAUCCAAGGCUUCCACGUUGGCCUAGCAGUUGAAAAUAAUCUCUGCAUCUGCUAUCAAGAUAUCGCUGAUCUACAAAGAUGGCUGCGAGACCUCUUCAAGGUUAUUGUAAGCGCGACCGCACUGCUGGUGACAAUUCGCCGAUGCGUUGCCUCAGAGAUCGAAAUGACUAUGCGACUACUCGGAGAGGAUCUCAAAUACCCUUUAGGUAGAUUUUCGAGAUACUCCAUCUAUACCGGCUUGCCACGAGAGCCAGAUAACAGCGAUGUCAGCGUGAAUUUGUCCAGCGACUGGCCAACGACGGGCACCAUCGAAUUCCGCGAUUACAGCAUGCGGUACCGCGAAUCCCAGGACCUGGUUCUCAAUGGUGUUUCAUUCUCAGUCCGACAGCAGGAGAAGAUCGGGUCGUCUCUUACAUUUGCACUGAUGCGCUUGGUUAGCCCAGACAGCGGGGCCAUCUUCAUUGAUGGGCACUUGCGCUCGAAGAUCAGCAUCAUCCCGCAGGACCCAGCUCUGUUCAACGGCACUAUACGCGAGAAUCUGGACCCGCUGAACGAGUUCACCGAUGAUGAAGGUUGUAUAGAUGAUAUAGUCAGUACACCCACAGAAACAUACAGUGCGGAGGGGACUGGGCUGAACAAGAAUUUUAGCGUCGGACAGCGUCAGCUCCGCAAGAUCCUGGUCCUCGACGAAGCAACAGCAAAUCGUGACUGCACAGUUCUGACCAUCGCGCACCGGCUCAGGACCGUCAUGGACAGCGACCGGAUUCUGGUCAUGGAUCAGGGCAGAGACUCUAUCAUGGAGCUCAACGAGAAGCCCCAGCUUUUCACAUAA